AUGCCUCUGAUACACGGGCUUUCAGGAACUGUGAUUAGAUGUUUCAAGAAAGUGGAAAAUGCAGCUGAUUGGAUGACUGGAGCUGCUGGACCUGUGUUUGUAUUCAUGUGUUGGUCAUUGAUAUUAUCAGGAGGAUUCAUCUAUUUCGACGUGGUAGUCAGAUCAUUAUCACCACUCUCAUUCUUCCUUCUCCUCCCUUUACUCAUCUUAGUACCUAUAAAUCUAUAUGGACAAUAUUACUUGGUAACACAUGUCCCUCCGGGAUAUCCAGCACCCAAAGCUUCCGGAAAUGAUAAAAGUAUAUCAUGGCUUCUAUCGAAUCCGAAAAGUAUCUGGGCAGGAGAAAGAUGGGGUUUCAGAAGAAGAGGUAGAACUCUGACUGGAGCUAGUACAGGAGAAAGCGGAUCAAGUGGAAUUUGGGAAGGAGCAGGUAGAAGAGUUAGAAGAUGUAGGAAAUGUGAUGGUCCAAAACCAGAAAGAACUCAUCAUUGCUCCGUAUGUAAACGAUGCGUCCUACAAAUGGAUCAUCACUGUCCUUGGAUCAACGCAUGUGUCGGCAUACAUAAUCAACGUCAUUUCGUUCUUUUCAUGGCAUGGCUAUCACUAGCAUGUACGACGGUUGCCGCGACCGGAUAUCAUCAAUUUCUGUCAACAUUUGACUAUCACGCGGAGUGGCCAUCGAUAACGCCAAAGUUGGGAUUUACACUGAUAUACGUCCUCUGCCUCGCAAUCGGCUUCGCUGUCUCGGUUCUGAUGACGUGGCAUCUAUAUAUGGUAUCAUACGGAGAAACAUCGAUUGAGAGCCAUGACAAUGCUUAUCUCGCUUCCAAAGCUAAGAAGGAGGGUUUAAUAUACCUCAAUCCGUAUGAUUUGGGAAGAAGGCGGAAUCUGCAGUUGUUUUUCAAUAUUGGCCCGAGUGGAUACCCUCCAUCAUCACUUCUCCUUCCAUUGAUCAUACCUCCAGCAUCCAAUGGAUGGUCAUUCCCUCGACGUCCCAUACCUUCACACCCACCUACAAAACCCGUCAACCUUCACGCGCCCGAACUUGCAGAAGGCUUGAUAGCACGUGCGAACGGUCUAGGUCUCGGUCUGGGAUUAGACCAUGGGGAUGAUCAUGUCAGCCCAACAGGGGGUCAUGCAGAAGAUGGCAUGGGAGGAUACGUAAUGGGUGAUGAAGAAGGUUUGACAGAUGAUGAAGAAGGUGGUGGAGGUUGGAUGGAUCUAGGUGAUCCUCAGUAUAGGGCUGAUGAUGAUCGGUAG